AUGGAAUUGGAGCGUGAGAGUGCAAGUCGAAAUGCACAAGGUACAGCAAAACGUUUCCCUUGUCUAUACUGUUCGAGAAAGUUUCAUAGCUCGCAAGCAUUGGGCGGCCACCAAAACGCACACAAGAAAGAGCGAAACGCCGCCAGAAGGCAAAAGAGGCCGUUGCUGUUCCCUCCCAUUCCCAACGUUAACUACUCCGUUCGCACCUUUCACGGCGCCGGUUUCUGCCACUUCGGGUCCGACGGCGCAGCGCCGUUUGAUCAGAUUAAUGCGGUGGAUGAUCGGCUUUUGAAAAUGAAUGUAAGAGAAGGUGAAAGUGAUGGGUUAGGGUUAGGGUUUGGAGAUGAGAGUCUUGAUUUGUCUCUUCGUUUGUAA